AUGCUGAAUAAGAAAGGUGGUCCAGUCCCGCAACAGCAACAGCUCCCCGACAGUCCGGCAGACUUCCAGCUUCAACUUCCCUUCGUCAAGCAAGAAUCCGACAUGGAACGAUCCGUCUCGCCUCACAUGUCUGAGCACUCAUCCUACUCCACGCCUCACAGCAUGUCACGCUCUUACGGAUCGCCGUCGGUCAUGCAGUCGUCGAUGCAGCCGACGAUGCACAUGCCCACCUCCAUACCCAACACCCUGGCCAUGAACACGUACCAUGACAUGUCGGGAGCCAUCAGUCAUGUGACGAGCAUGAGCCUGCAUCAUUUGCCUCCGCAUCAGCCCCAGCCCGAGCAACCGUUGAAGGCCUACCCGUGCAGCACCUGCGGCAAGGCCUUUGCGAGGAGGAGCGACUUGGCUCGCCACGAGAGAAUCCAUUCCGGGGUCCGUCCGCACGUCUGCGAGUAUCCAAACUGUGGCAAGCAGUUCAUUCAGAGGUCCGCCUUGACCGUCCACCAAAGGGUGCACACGGGCGAGAAGCCGCAUCACUGCGAAAUUUGCGCCAAGCCCUUCAGCGACAGCAGCUCGCUUGCUCGCCACCGACGGACGCACUCGGGAAAGAGACCGUACAAGUGCCCGUACGCCGACUGCCAGAAGACCUUUACUCGACGCACGACGCUCACGCGGCACCAAAACCACCACAGCGGCACGAUCGAGGAGGCGGCCGCAGCGACGGCCGCGGCCCUGGCCGCGUCCAAGACGAAACCGGCGUCCCAGGCUCGAUCGGACGGGGACCACUUGUCCAACCAUGGGUCGCCCCUGACGACGCCCUCGCCGGCGCAGAGAAACCUAUCCAUGUCGCCCAGCAUGGACUUGUCCGGCUCCGGUAGCCUGAGCCGCCACGUGGGCGACUUUCAGUACAUGCAGCAGAACGGAACGCUGCCUGUGCAUCUCCGGCUCGGCAGCCCGAUAUCGACAUCGUCGGCGGGCGGCUACAGUGGCAGCGGCAUGCGGCCGACGUCGCAUCCGACCGGGUACGGACCGCCGCCGAUAUUGGAGCCAAGUCUGGAGCAGCACCAGGCGGCACCGGUGAGCAAUGGCAGCAGCCCGCACAUGUCGAGCGUCGGAUGGCCGUCCCCAUCGCACGUGCCGGCGCCGACGCACAAUGGCGCGAGUUUCGUGUACCCGGAGCCGGACAACUACCCCCACAACGCGGCCAUGGGCCAGAUGUACUACGGAGCGCCGCAGCAGCUCCGACGGCCGCAGAGUAACGAGUCCGGCCUCGUCCACAUGGCCUAG